GCACGUCGUCUGGGCAGGAGCCGGCCCCUCGCGGGGGCGCCCGAGCAGCCGCCGCCGGCCCGACCUGCUCGCCGCCCCGCCGGAAGUGCUCUCCUGACCCGCCGCGCCACGCCGCGGGAAGAUGGCGCAGGACGCCGGCGACAUGGAAGAUGGGCAGCUUUCCGACUCGGAUUCCGACAUGACGGUCGCACCCAGCGACAGGCCGCUGCAGGUGCCGAAAACGCUGGGUGAGGACAGCCUAGUGAGGCCCUUCCAGGAUACUGAAACACCGUGCGCCCCAGCGCCACAUUAUCGGACUGUUAAAAGUGUGGAUUCCAGUGAGGAGAGUUUUUCUGAUUCAGAUGAUGAUAGCUCCCUUUGGAAACGCAAGCGACAGAAAUGUUUUAAUCCUCCUCCCAAGCCAGAGCCUUUUCAGUUUGGCCAGAGCAGCCAGAAACCACCUUUUCCUGGAGGAAAGAAGGUUAACAACAUAUGGGGUGCUGUGCUCCAAGAACAGAAUCAAGAUGCAGUGGCCACUGAACUUGGGAUCUUGGGAAUGGAGGGCACUAUUGACAAAAGCAGACAGUCCGAGACUUACAAUUAUUUGCUUGCUAAGAAACUUAAGAGGGAAUCUCAAGAGCAUACGAAAGAAUUAGACAAAGAGCUAGAUGAAUAUAUGCACGGUGGCAAAAAAAUGGGAUCAAAGGAAGAGGAAAAUGGCCAAGGUCAUCUCAAACGAAAACGACCUGUCAGAGACAGGCUAGGGGACAGACUAGAAAUGAACUACAAAGGCCGGUAUGAGAUCACAGAGGAAGAUUCGCAAGAGAAAGUGGCUGAUGAAAUUUCUUUCAGGUUGCAGGAACCAAAGAAAGAUCUGAUAGCACGAGUAGUGAGGAUAAUUGGGAACAAAAAGGCAAUCGAACUUCUGAUGGAAACGGCUGAAGUGGAACAAAAUGGCGGCCUCUUUAUAAUGAAUGGUAGUCGAAGAAGAACACCAGGUGGAGUCUUCCUGAAUCUCUUGAAAAAUACUCCCAGUAUCAGCGAGGAGCAAAUUAAGGUAAAAAGUGUAGUGCCCUUGACUUUUAAGAUCCAUCAUAAUUUGACUUUUACUUAGCUUCUGUUAAUUCCCAUCACCAGUUCUGCCUGAAAUGGAUCAAUUUAGUCAUUGUCUCAUGUCAAGUAAAACAUGUGCCUUUAUAAACUCUGCCUCUUCUAUUUUUUUAAAUUUAUUUUUGAGAGACAGCGCGAGCAG